AUUUAUGCAUUACAGUUGACAGCCUGAUGAUCAUUUGUGUGCACUAAUCAUCAGAAACUCAGUGGAAAUGAAACUUUACUCAGCUUAAAGGCGUGGCGUUUUAAUUUUGCUGUUGAGUUUGAUAUCUUAUUUCAUAGAAGUUCGGGUCUCUAAAAUGACUUCUUUGAAUUCCUGGGUGUCUGACAUCAGCGCAGUGAAAUCGAUCCGUGUGUACACUGGUAACACUGUGAGAUGGUGCGGCUCAUCACGAGCACCUCCAGGGACACCACAGCAAGAGAUUCUGCACUGUAUCAAGGCUGCAUUGGUGGAAUGGGUUUCAAAGUUCAAUCUAGAUCAAGUUGAAUCGAAGGGACUAGCAGAACAUGUUGUUUGCAACCUCAUGCAGGAUCAUGAGAAGAUUAGACCUGAAGAGAGAGAAGACAUCAAAAUGACAGCCAAACUGUUCAUCUACAGAUAUGAACCUGGAAUCAUCAAAGAGGCUGCAACUGAAGCCUGCUUAGAGCUGCGAGUGUCUCAACUAGAUUCUGUAAUCCUGGCUCUGCCACAACUGCCGGGAGAGAAAGUCCACUCCCUGGAAGACUUGCUGCCCCCUUGGGAGGAGCUGGAGUCCCUGGUCCAAGAGCAGAUGGUCACGUCAAUCGGAGUGUCGGACAUGGACCGGGAGAUGCUGGAGGCAUUUUGCCUAAAUGUACAGCAGGUCCAACCAAGCAGUUGCCAAGUCAACCUUGCCUCUUGCUGUGUAAUACCACCCGAACUAACUGAAUUCGCCAGGGAAAACGGCAUCCAGUUGUUGACUCACAAUGACCCUGCAGAUAUCCUUCCAGCGGAAAUGCUCCAGGAGGCCCUCAGUGCCAAGCUGCAGGACCCUGUCAUCUCCGAGUGGGUGCCAACCUGGAUCCUUCGCUACUCAGCAAUUAUUAAGGACAGAGGGAUCAUCAGAUCGAAAGGAUACAUGGUGAAGGCUGAGAGGACAGCAGCACAUCACUGAGUCUGCCCUGAGUCGUAGGUUAUUGUGCUUGGAUUUGUGAUUCUAUCUCACAUUUUCGGAGAUCUCUGGAACAGCAGAUGUAAAGACAUUGAUUCAGAAGGGACUUAGGACUGGUCAUUGGGUUGCAAAACAAGCAGAGUCGUCUACUGCAAUAUCUUCAUUAUGUUCUCCUCUGGCCAUAUGCAGUUAAGUAUUCCUCCUCAUCCCUUUGGAACAGAUGAGGAGGAAUUUCUUUAGCCAGAUGGUGGUGGAUCUGUGGAAUUCUUUGUCAUAGAUGGCUGUGGAGGCGAAGUCAUUGGGUAUAUUUAAAGUGGAAGUUAAUAGCUUCUUUAUUAGUAAGGGGAAAGGUUAUGGGGAGAAAGCAGGAGAAGAGGGUUGACAGGGACAAUAAAUCAGACAUGAUCAAAUGAUGGAGCAGACUCAAUGGGCCAAUUGGCCUAAUUCUGCUCUUAUGUCUUAUGGUCUGAAUCAUGAGAAAAUGUGGAGGAAUUAAUGAUAAUGGGCUCCAAAUCAGUAUGAAGUUGCCACCUUGCCAAGAAGUCCUUAGCUCGGUCACUGUGAGUUCCCAAAAUAAUGUACAUUUAUUUCUGUAGAGCCACAGGGAGUUCCCAGUGUGCUACAGCCACUUUAGGGAAAUAACACUGCCUUAUAUUGCAACACUCCACCAAUCAGAAUGGGAACAACUUUAACCCUUGAGUGUCAUUGAUACAUAUCUUUGCAGGAUUUAAAUUCCUAUGUAAGUUUUUCUUCUCUAUUUUUCUUUGUUAGCCCAAUUCCUUUUCCUUGCCAUGUAACCAAGCAAUUAAGCUUUGAAGGAAAGGGUUAAUGUCAGAAUCACGCUUAUGAUCACUGACACAGGUCGUGAAAUUUGUGGCUUUGUGGCAGCAGUACAUAAAAAAGUUACAAUCAGAGAAAUAUAGAAAAAAAUUAAAGCAUAAAAGCAGAGCAAAAUAGUAAGGCAGUGUUGAUGGAUAUAUUAUCUGUUCAGACUUCUGAUGGCAAAGAGGAAGAAACUGUUCCUCAAAUAUUGAGCGCAUGUUUUCAGGCUUCUGUAUCUCCUCUCUGAUGGUAGUAAUGAGAGGAAGGCAUGCCCUGAGGGAUGGGAGUCCUGAAUGAUGUACGAUGCCUUCUUGAGACACUGUCAUUUGAAGAUGUCCUCGAUGGUGAGAAGGAUAGUGCCUGUGAUGGAGCCGGCUGAGGCUACAACACUCUGCAGCCCCUUUCAAUCUUGUGCACUGGAGGCUCCUUGACCAGCGUCGAUGUAACAGUUAGAAUAUAUUAGCAGAAAUUUGCCAGCGUCUUCAGUGACAUUCCAGUCUCCUCAGGCUCCAAAUGAAGUACAACUGCUGGUGGUUAUGGUUCUGUUCCUGAAAUGUUUCUCCCUCCAUAGAUGCUGCCUGAUAUGCUGGACAUUUUCAGCAGGUUUCCUUUUACUUAAAACUUCAGUUUUUAAAAAAUUUUCAAUUGUACUUGGAGAGGAUCGUACUACAGGGAAGAGUUGGUAUAUACAGUAGAUGUCUAGAGCAAAGUGAGUGCCAGGUCCCUUUUGUCACUUAGGUACCCUGAAGGGCCCAAGUUGUGGCUGAUUUGAAUGUCUUUGUUACAAUCCACAACCAGACAGGACUCCUAAAUUGUCUCCAACCAGAGCCAAACUUUUAAGGGAGGAAUGGAAACUUUAAUCACACCAGAAUGUUGCUGCUGUUUUUCGGCUCCUUUGCGGUUUCGUGCUAAGUUGGUUCUAAGUCUUUCCAAGCGAGAUGUGCAAGAGAGGCGUCCUGAUAAAAUCUGCUGCAUGUAUUUUAUCUUGCGACAGAGGAGCCAUGACGAACGGAAGUAGUCAGAUCUCUCGCUUGCCGCAGAGCGAUCGCCGAGCUGCCUACAGUGCAGAGGUUGCAGCCUCUAUGUUAAUAAAUGGGUCAACCGUCAGUUCCCCCAUCUAGCUUUCAAACCACUUACGCCCUUGUAUCGUAAGUGAAACUGGCUAUUCACACUAUCCCUGGGUACUUAUUACGUUUUGCAGGCUUCUACAGGCAUCAUGAAAUGUGAUGGUUUGACAACCUCAUGUCAAAGUUCAAUAAUCCUAGAGUCUUAGCUGCACAGUGUGGCAAAAUGUCCUUCGGCUUUAAUUGGUCCCAUUCCCAUCCAAUCAGGUUGCAAACUGUAUACAUUCUCUGUUAUUAAAUGGAACCACUUGCAAGUUUUUGGCCCAUGACCUUCUAAACAUUACAGGAGUAGGGAAUGGUAAAUUCAUAGCAGGGAAGAGUGGAUUGCAGUACAACAGAGAGAUGGGGGGUGGGAGUGGUUGAGCAUGUAGUAGAGAAAUAAAGGGGGUCGCUCCAAGAUUGGAAACAGGCAUUGAAAGUCUGUAACAGCCUCAACUCACCCGAGCCAGAAACUGUAGGCUAACAGCCUAACAGCAGCUUCAUAAAACUCCAGGACAGAAGUUUGCCUUUGUAUUAUAUACCCUGUAAGGUAAAAGUGGAACUGCACACAGCUGACGUGGAACAUAGGUACUGAAGCCUGACACUGCAAAAGGCUUACCUCACUCUCUGUAUACACAAUUGCACGUGGGGCAGAGAUAGUGAGGCAAAAGUAGAUAAGAAAUAGAAUAAGAAUAAUAAAACUUCAGAUUGGGGAGCUUUCAUUCUAGGAUGAGUGACUCUCCUGUUGAUGUCAGCUUGUAAUAAAGAGAAAAUUUGUUCUGAAGGUGAACCCAGACUCAGUGUGAAUUCUU